GUGCAGUUGCCCAGCCGGAAGAUGGAGAUCCAGAGGAAGGUCGUGGUACUAAGCGAAAGCAGGAAGAGAACGUUGUCGCUGAGUCUCCGGCUGUUGUCUUCGAAGAGCCCUUGGACUGGCAAGUGCGACUCCGCAAGCUGAACGUUGGGGUGGAUCCCAUCAGCUUAGACAUGAUUAUCAAGUGGGUGACUGAAGCUGCGGAGGACAGCCAGGCCCAGUUCUCUGCAGAGAUCAUCAAGAGCGGAAUUGCAGAAUUUCUUCGCCGGGUUUCGAAAGAGGCCAUCCCAGAGGUCUUGGUUCGCGAGCGGCAAGCCUUCACAAACAAGCUGAAGGAAGCUGGAUUUGCGGAGAUGGCCAAGGCUCUGGAUCUGGCCAUACGAUCCAUGCAGUUUUCAGAGAGACUGCAGAAGGGCUCGCCGCAGAUGUGCCUCAACAUGCAGACCAAAGAGUCGAUGACUGCCUACAUGAACAUGGUGAUUAGGGGCUGCGAUCGCCAGGGCUGGCCCAUGCGUCGAGUCUUCCUUGGUCACCUGAGCCGCGUUGCUUUAAAGUCCGCGGAAGGAGAGGCCGAUGGCAUAGCACCCUCCGAAGCCCUGAUUGAGUUUGGCAAAGCUGGUGGCUGGAAGUACGUGAUGUCCUGGCUGGAUGAAGAGCCGCAGCCGACUACUUGGCCACCGUACUCUGUGCUAGAUGAGCUGGGAAGCAACAUACCCAGUCAAGCUCCCUUGAAGCUCUUCGCGCUGCUCCACAGAGCGCUCACACAUCCGGGAUUCGCUGCCUCAAUGGCUCCCUCACUGACAGGUCUUCCAGCACCCUGCUUGUCUCGCUUGGAGAGACAGUUGACAAGAGCCGCCGCACCUGCCCUCGAUCUCAACUUGGACGAGCCACGUGAUGAGAAGCUCCAGCGAAAACUGCAAGACAUCGCAAGUCUUGGUGGUCAGGUUGGAAAUCUCUUCGACUUCCUGGAAAAGCUUCUGACGUUUGCAUCAAAGGUUAGGCAUCCGAAGUUGGAGGACGGCACUCCCGGGACGACAGCAUGGCUGGACCUGCAAUCCGAGAGCAGGGAUCUGGUGUCUGUUUACAAAGGUCUUGCAGACACUCCGGCCAUUGGCUGGACUUCUGUUCUCAAACUGGUCGCAGGCUUGACCCAGGACUUGGACGAGAUCAUUAGGGAGAACAUAAAGGGAGCACAGCAGCGCGAGGCAAAUGCAAAGGAGGAGGAGAGAGCGCGGCUUCUUGAUGAGGCCAAAGCACGCGUAGAGGCAAACACUGGCACGGUCCUUUCACUGCUUGCGAACGGAAAGCUUCGCGAGAGGAGUUCCUCGGGUUUACAGGAUUGCUUAGGGAAGAUGAAGCGCCUGGGUGGUUCCAUGCAGCAUCUUGAACAGCUUGACAAAUCUGCAAAAACUGCGCAGUCCGUGGACACCUGGGAAGCGGGCCGUGCGGCUGUGAAGGGCUUCUGCCAGCUGAAGGUCCGCUGCUCCAAGGCAUUGCAUUGGCUUCAAAAGAGGCAACUGGGCCACUGUGCCAAGCUUCUUGAUUCUGCCGGCCUCCUGGAGAGUCUCGAACUUGUGAAAGAUGCCCAAAAGCUGAAGAGUCUGGGCCUUCCCUUCCGGUGUCAAGAACUUCUCAUAUCGUGCGCCGAGAAUGAUGGGCUGGCUCCCGGCCACCUGGAGCCGAAGCUGGAAGAGGUGCCCGAUGUCUGGGAGCAGAGGACGUCUCGGAACUUGAACCUGCAGUACUUCCAAAAAGUUGGUUCGUCGGCCAUGUCCUGGGCAAGGGCCCUGGUGCUACAGCUGCCCCGUCUGCGGACGGAUGGCAGCGCCGGGGAGCUGCUGCAGCAGCAGGAAGAGGACCAGCUCUUGGCCAGUGCACGACGAAUCUCUGGGCCCCGUGGCCAGAGCGACUGGGAUUCGCAGGGGCAUGCAAAGAUCUGCUUUGCCAAUCGAUCCUGUUUGCUCUGCCAGCAAGAUGCGACGGACUCACAUUGGGCAUCACCAGAACAUAGCCUGGCGCUUGGAGCCACAGCCUUCAGAAAGCACGCAGCUUACUGGAAACAGCUAGCCGAUCGGUUGGCGAUGAUCUGUGUCGACUUGCAGCGCCUCCCCGAGGAGGCGGGUUCUCUUCUGAUCAGGAGACCUGCGGUUCAGGCUUGGCAUAGAGGCGUGUCCGGAGCAUGCUUGGAGCGAGUCCCAUUCCAUUGCUACAAACCUCCGACUUUCGUUCGCAUGGGUUCAUAUAUAGGGAAGUUAAGUAGCGACGGAACGCUGAUGGAGGAAGCCCGUUGCCCACCAAAAGCAGACAAAAGUCCGUCCCUGAAGCCCAUCACCGAAAGAGGCUUCAUUAUCACGUCUGAGAACGACUAUGGCUGUAGAUACCUGUCAUCCGCAUGCUCGCGUUUGCACGUUAGACGAGCAGCAGUGCAAGACCUGUUGGUGAGCCCACAGGCAUCCCAAUCUGGUCUGGCAGCUGCUUGGCGUGGUGAGCUUUGGCAGGUGCAGCGAUGGAGUGUGCUUGCGAGAGAGCGACUGCAUAGUAGGGUGUGCCUUGUUUGUCAGGGUUGGGAGGGGAUCGGGUUCCACGGGUUUCCGGCUUGGGCUGGGUUUGGCAGUGCACCCGACUCUCACAUGUACACGCAGCAUUGUACAGCUCAUCGGUUCCCACGCAGUCCAUGUGCAGGCCUGAUGUAA